AUAUAAGCAUAGCGCCAUCGUAUCAUGUAAUCCUAAUCCCAACCCACAUUCCACAGUACAAAUGGACCAUUCAAUUUCCAAGUACGAAACUCUCCUUCUCUUCGUUGUAGUACCGCUACUACUUCUCCUUUCAAUCAAACAAAUCAACUCGAAGAGGACGAAGAAGAAGAAGAGGAAGAAAGAACUCCCUCUGCCUCCAGGCCCAAAACCAUGGCCCCUCAUCGGAAACAUCCCACACAUGACCAGAAAGGUUCACAUCACCAUGACCCAAUUCGCCAAAUCCCACGGACCCUUAAUCUCACUCAAACUCGGAGCUCAGGUGAUUGUCGUCGCCUCUUCUCCGGCCGCCGCAGCCGAAAUCCUGAAAACCCAUGAUCGUAUCCUCUCGGCUAGAUAUGCAUCCAACUCCAAUCCGUUCAAACUCGGCGAUAUCGACCGAAUGGCAAUCGUGUCAGCCACGACGUGUAACGACAGCUGGAAGUCCCUUCGAGCGCUCUGUAGGACAGAGCUUUUCUCCGGCAGAGCAAUCGAGUCGCAGUCCGCCCUCAGGGAGAGGAAAGUUUGUGAAAUGGUCGGAUUCCUAGCAGCUAGAGAAGGGAAAGUUGUGGACUUGGGGGAAAUUGUGUUCACCACCGUUUUCAACUCGCUAUGCAACCUUUUCUUCUCCGAGGACUUGUUGGUCUUGGAAGAUGGAAAGGGGAAAGCUAGUGGGUUGAAGAGUCAUGUUUCGAAAUUAAUGGAGCUCGCAGCUACGCCCAAUAUUGUUGAUUUUUACCCUGUGUUGGAACUGUUUGACCCUCAGGGUCUGAAAAAGAAGAUGAUCAAGGCCGUCACGAAAAUGUUCUCCGUUUGGGAGAGUUACAUCAAAGAAAGAAGGGAAAUUCUUGAAUCGAGAUCCCGUGGAGAUGCUCCGAAAGGAGAUUUCUUGGACGUUUUCAUUUCAAAUGGUUUCGACGAUCAAAAAAUCAAUUGGCUGUUCUUAGAAUUGCUGACAGCGGGAACAGAGACCACUACAACUACAGUGGAAUGGGCCAUGGCGGAGCUACUGAAGAACGGUAAAGAAAUGAAGAAAGUUCGCGAAGAGCUGAAGAGAGAAAUUGGGGGAAACUCUAUUACUGAAGCGAACGUCUCUCGGUUGACAUUUCUGAACGCCUGCAUCAAGGAGACAUUCCGGUUACAUCCUCCGGUACCGUUCCUAAUUCCACACUGCGCUCAGGAGACUUGCGAAAUAAUGAAUUACAGAAUACCAAAGGAUUCCCAGGUGAUGGUGAACUUGUGGGCGAUAGGGCGGGAUCCGUCCGUUUGGGAGGACCCAUUGUCGUUUAAACCCGAACGAUUCAUUCGCAAGAGAUCAUCAACCAUUGUAGACUUCAAAGGUCUUCACUUUGAGCUUUUACCGUUCGGGUCGGGUCGGAGGGUAUGCCCUGGACUUUCAAUGGCAGUUAAGCAAUUGCCGUUGAUUCUAGCUUCGUUGAUUAAAGGGUUUGAUUGGAUUCUUCCUGACGUUGACGGUCCGGCCAAAUUGGAUAUGGCCGAGAAGUUUGGAAUUACGUUACAGAAGGAACAACCUUUGCUACUUGUGGUCGGAAAACAGAGCAUGUGAUGUUGAAGGGGAGACUCAAAUCCCGGGUGGAGCAAGUUUGGUGCGAGUGUUUAAAUUUGAAUGUGAAUGUUAGGUUAAUUAGUCUUUAGUCCUUUGAGUUUAUGACAAGUGUCAUUUGAGUCCUGUUGGAGUUUCUUGUUUUCGAGGAUCAUGGGGUUAAUGGUUGUUGCUCAACUAUCGAGUUUGGUGGCUGGCUUUAGGGUAUUUAACUAUUUAUCCUUCACUUUUGUCAAAUAAAUAAAACUAGCAAAAGCCCG